CCAGGCACACAUUUUGGCUUCGCAGUUUGGAGAGUGAGAGAAAGAAAGAUGGGAAGGAAGGAAGAUGAUGGUGCAGUGGAGCGAAAGGCUGGAGGAAUGGUGGUAGUGAACCCAAAGCCGAAAGAUAGCAUGAUCUCCAAUGCCAUAGAUUGGUUGGAAUGGAUGAUUGUUAAGAUGAUGCACGACUCUUCUAAACCGCUUCACUAUCUUUCUGGUAAUUUCGCUCCUGCUCCUGAAGAAACUGCUCCUUGUAAAGACCUUCCGGUCAUCGGCCAGCUUCCUGAGUGCCUCAAUGGUGAGUUUGUCAGAGUUGGUCCCAAUCCAAAUUUCACUCCGGUGGCUGGCUACCAUUGGUAUGUCAUUUUGUGACCACCGUUAUCUCAACUGGGUCUUUCAAUAUCCAUGGUCCCAUGUUCUUUUCCUAUAAAGAGUUGUCUUACAUUCUUGCCCCUCUGUCUAGCAUACAUUUGAGUAAUGUCAAAUAUUUUUUAAGCUGUGGCAUUGGCUAUUUUGUAGGAACAGUAAAGCACCAAUGUUAUAAUAUUAGGUCACUAGCUUAUUCUCGUUUUUCUUAUUUGCAGGUUUGAUGGAGAUGGGUGUGUUGAGUUCUAUGUCUUCACUUCUCCCUCUAAGCACAUUUUAAUUUUAAUUAUUUAAAUUCAACUAUGAUCUGCAAUCACUGUCCUUUUUGCCCAGAAUGAUUCAUGGCUUGCGCAUCAAAGAUGGAAAAGCAACAUAUGUCUCUCGUUUUGUGAAGACAUCACGUCUGAAGCAAGAACAGUUUUUUGGAGGAGCUAAGUUUAUGAAGAUUGGAGAUCUCAAGGGCUUCUUUGGACUGGUUAUGGUUUACAUGCAAAUGCUAAGAGCAAAGCUGAAAGUAUUAGAUGUUUCCUAUGGAACUGGCACAGCCAAUACAGCUCUAAUUUAUCACCACAGGAAGCUUUUGGCACUUUCAGAGGGCGACAAACCAUACGUCGUUAAGGUUUUGGAGGAUGGAGAUCUACAAACACUUGGCAUGCUGGAUUAUGAUGAGAGAUUGUCACAUCCCUUUACUGCUCAUCCGAAGGUUGACCCAAUAACGGGAGAGAUGUUUACCUUCGGCUAUUCCACCACUGCACCCUAUCUCACAUACAGAGUUGUAUCGAAGGAUGGAGUAAUGAAUGAACCAGUCCCAAUAACAAUACCGGAACCUGUCAUGAUGCAUGAUUUUGCCAUCACUGAGAAUUAUGCGAUUUUCAUGGAUCUCCCUUUAUAUUUCAGACCAAAGGAAAUGGUUAAAAACAAAGAGUUCAUAUUUAAAUUUGAUAGAACAAAAAAGGCACGCUUUGGAGUCCUGCCACGCUAUGCAAAGAAUGAAACAUUAAUCAAAUGGUUUGAGCUUCCUAACUGCUUCAUAUUUCACAAUGCAAAUGCAUGGGAGGAGGGAGAUGAAGUUGUUCUGAUUACAUGCCGCAUUGAAAAUCUAGAUCUAGACAUGGUUAAUGGAGCUGUCAAAGAUGAUCUUGAGAAUUUUGCAAAUGAGUUGUAUGAAAUGAGGUUUAACAUGAAAAGUUGUCAAGCUUCACAAAAGAAACUGUCUGAGUCUUCUGUUGAUUUUCCAAGGGUGAAUGAGAACUACACUGGGAGGAAACAACGAUAUGUUUACGGGACCAUAUUAAAUAGCAUUGCAAAGGUCAAAGGGAUUAUCAAAUUUGAUUUGCAUGCUGAACCGCAGACUGGAAAAACACAGCUUGAAGUGGGAGGAAAUGUUCAAGGCAUCUUUGACCUAGGACCUGCCAAAUUUGGUUCUGAGGCUAUUUUCAUUCCUCGCCAGACAAGUAGCACAUGUGAAGAGGAUGAUGGCUACUUGAUAUUCUUUGUACACGAUGAGAACACCGGGAAAUCAGCAGUGGAGGUCAUUGAUGCAAAAACAAUGUCAUCUGAUCCUGUUGCUGUUGUUGAAUUGCCCAAAAGAGUUCCUUAUGGGUUCCAUGCCUUCUUUGUUACUGAGGAACAACUUCAAACCCAAGCAGAAACAUGAGAUCAAAAGUUCACCAGAACAAACUAUUAUGAUUGAUGCAAGCGAGGAUAGAAGUUCUUGUGCUAAGUGUUCUUGUGAAUAACAGCUAUCACGUGCCGCGACUUUAUUUUCAAUAUCUGUAUCUGAAAUGAACAUAUUAUUUGAAACCUCCGGUAUUGAAUAAAGGUAGUGUAUACUUGUAAACAAAUAAAUCAGUUAGAUAAUUGGUUCUUGGGUAAAAAACUCUAUUCAGACAUUGGUUUAUGUAGCUAAAGGUUUAUGACGUGCAGUUUGAUCCCUAUUAAUUUAUUAAUUUAUAGUAAUACCAACAAAAUGAACACAAGAAAAA